AUGAUUUUCGAGAUCCUCUCACUCUCUCGCCGGUCGCUCGAGGCCAUAACUUACCUUCUAAUUCACAUGUUUAAACAGAUCCGAAAAGUACACGUCGUCCUCGCUGGAAUCCUAUUCAUCUUCAAUAGUGCCUUUGGAUCAUCACUUCCCUCGGGCGCCCACGAUGCAAUUGCAGACUCAUUCCACCUCGCCCACGACGAUACGAAGCUCGUCCUUCUGAACUCACUAUACCUUGUGGGGUUUGCCAUCGGUCCACUUAUAUUCGGGCCUCUGAGCGAGCAUGCCCGUCCUAAUCGGCACAUUCAGCGGAUAUAUCAUCUUCACCAUGGCCUGCGCGUUAUCGCCGAACUUUCCUGCCUUGCUCGUUUUCCGUCUUCUAUGUGGCUUGAAUGCUGCUUCUCCAAAUGCCGUGCUUGGGGGUUAUAUGCUGAUAUCUUGGAUAAUCCCCAAACUCGCGGUAUCGCUAUGGCGCUUUUCAUGGUAGUCACAGGCUUUGGUCCUCAGCUAGCACCUCUUGUAUCUGGGUUUGUUUCCACGGUAUCGUGGCGCUGGACGUUUUGGGUUGGAUUGGCUGCCGCUGGUGUAGGAUAUCCGUUUAUCCUUUUCAUUCCAGAGACCUAUGUGCCCGUUUUGAAAAAGCGACACGCGCGACGAUUGGCCAAGGCUGGAAAACAGGAAGAGAAUGGUUGCAACACUAUUCAGCCCCAGGGCCCGGGCCAUCGAGGAGAUGGUAUUCUAUCCAUCUUCAUGAGACCAUUUGUGAUGAUUGCAAAGGAGCCGAUCCUUCUCUUUGCUUCACUCUUCAUGGGCUUCACAUAUGCAAUGUUUUAUCUGUACUUCCAAGCUUAUCCGAUCAUUUUCCAAAAUCUCUAUGGGCUAUCACCGGGCGUAGCAGGGCUCGCAUUCUUACCAAUCAGUGUGGGGGCUUUGGUCGCAUUCUCACUCUUCUUGCUAUAUGGCUCAUACCAUUCCAAGGCUGUGAAAGAGAACAAGGACUGGGCCAUGCUUGAAGAGUACCGCCGGUUGCCGCUUGCCGCAUUGGGUGCACCUUUACUACCAAUCGCUCUGUUUUGGUUAGGAUGGUCUUCCAAAUUAUCCAUCCACCCUGUUGUCCCCAUGAUGUCCGGUCUCUUCUUUGGCAUAGGGUACAUUCUGAUCUUUAUGGCCAUGAUCAACUAUCUCACUGAUGCCUACAAGCAGUAUUCUGCAUCAGCGCAGGCUGCUGCAAGUACACUGCGUUCUUGCUUGGCAGUCUGUCUACCGCUGGCCACGAAUCCGAUGUACGGCGAACUGGGGAUCAACUGGGCGAGCUCGCUCUUGGCCUUCAUCGCCAUUCUGCUUGCUGUGAUUCCUUUCGUGUUUAUCAAGUAUGGGCAAUGGAUCCGAAGCCGUAGCCCAUUCUCUCAGCGGGUGAUGAAGGGGGAGUUGACUGAAAGACCUGCAGAGACAGUGGUCUGA